AUGUCAGCGAAGCAGGAAGAACAGAGCCAGAGCGCUUCUGCCGAAGGUGAGGGCAACCUAAACGUCGGUGCCAAUGCUUCCGGCAAUGCACAAGCAAGCCAGAGAUCAUCGAAGCGAACACCUAAGAAGCUCGGCCAAAAAAACCAACAGCAGCAGCCGACUCCAGAUCAAACCGACGAGGCCGAUGCUGAAGGUGGUGCAGAGGCAGACGGACAAGCGAAUGGGAACGUCGAAGCCGAAGCCGAAGCUGACGGCGAAGAAGAAGCUCAGCAGGAACAGCCCCAGCAACAACGCCAACAAUCUCGUCGACGACAAAGCCGAGGACGUGGACGCAAAGGUGGCCAGGAGAGCGAUACCGAAUCCGUAGCUCGGAGUGAUCAGAGUGCCCAAGGUGGUCGCAGACAACGCCAGCGCAAGAACAAGCAGCAAGCUCAAACCAAGGACUCCCAGGGUGGCCCUCUUGACGACAUCACCGAGCAGCUUCCAGGCGGCGAACUUGUGAACCAAGCUGGCGACCUCGUCCAAGGGACUGCUGGAGAUGCUGUCAACUCCGUUGGCGACACCGCUGGUAAAGCUUUGGGCGGUCUGACUGGUGGCGGCCAGAAGGGUCAACAACAAGGUGGCGGUGAAGAAGAGGAAGGCGGAGGCGAGCAGCUUCGAUUGAGACUGGAACUGAACCUCGAUAUUGAGAUCCAGUUGAAGGCGAAGAUUCAUGGUGAUCUUACCUUGGGUCUGCUCAACUAG